AAUUGAGUGUUUCCGCCCAUAAAGUUUUCCGCUGUAUAAGUAAAUUUGUAUAUUAUUAUCCAGGAAAUUGAAUAAUUUCUUUAUCAAUUGUCAUGACGCAGUCAUGGUGUUGUGAUAUUCUCGAUGACAAGUCCUGUAAAUGCAACAAUUCCCAGAAGUGAUUGUAUAUUUAUGCACAUCUUACGCACGACUCUCACAAUUUGAAAGCAAACUAAAAAAGUGAUCAUCAUUAAUUCGUAUACAUGGCUUUACGUAUGAUGUCAGCAAUAAUGCCAGGCAUGCAUAAUGCAAAUGAUGCUAAUCAAACAUAUGACCAUACUGCUGAACGACAGAAACUAUUGGAAGAUGUAUUGGCUGCAGCAAAAAAGUGUCACGUUAGAUUUGGUGGGCGUACUGAAUUAGCAACAGAAUCAGAUAUAUGUGUUACACAACUGUGUCAUAUAUUUGAAUCAAUCUUUAGCCAUGGGUUACGAACAAAUUGUAUAGAAAAAAUUAACUCAGCUUUAAGGCAUGUGUCUGACAUUGUAUCUGGUAGCAGUACAAAAUUGUGCAAUGCAUCGGAUGCAGCAUUUUGGCCGUGUAUAAAGGAACAAUUAACAUGGCACGAACAAGAACGUUUUAGUAUACUAAAAAGAGUUCAUACAGAUUAUGGUAGAGGUAGAGCAUGGUUAAGAGCUGUUUUAAAUGAGCGGUCUUUAGAACGUCAUUUACAUGCUAUCAUUGACACUAGUAUAUUAUCUCCUUUUUAUGAAGAUUGGGCAUUUUUACUUGACCAAGAAAGAAGUGCAGUACUGCCAAAUGUAGCGGCAGGACUUGGUAGCAUUUUGUUUGCAAUUAGGAUUGAUAAUGAAGAAUUGGAUAACAAUUCUAGAGGAAAAGAAAUUGAGAAUCAGAAAGUUACGCUAUCUGAACCAAUUAUAUCAACUGCAAUACCAGAACCUACUUUGAAACAACAGAAGCAAAGAAAAAAAGUACCAACUCAUAUAAUUUCAUUUGAUAACGAAAACAGUGAUGAACCAGAGAAUACAGAAGCCAACGUUUCAGUUAGUGCACCUCCAACCUGCUUAAAUUCACCUACAGUAAUUUCAACUAUGAAUUCAACAUCGUCUUGUAUAUUAGAAUCUCAAUCUCAAACACAAUCAAAUAAUGCGAAUAUAACAAUCGAUAAAGAAAUGUCGGAGUGGGAGAAAUGUGUACCGUUUGAAGAAGAAAAAGUAUUAACUCCAGUUACAGAUUCAAGUAAUAUGGGAGGUCUUGUUCCUGUGUCACCUUUAGAUCAAACAUUAGAUGACAUGCUAAUAGCAUUGCCAAACUACUUAGACGAUUCGUCUGAAGUAACAGAAGCUGCAGUGGAAGCCACUGAACCACUGGCAAGCUUAGAUGCCCAUGUUGAUACUGAAAGUCUAGAUGUAGAGGCAUUACGAGUAAAACUUUUAGCAACAAAUGAAAUAUUAGAACAAGCUAGGGAAGAUGCUGUAGCUAGUAGGUCUCAACUUGCUCGAUUACAAAGACAACAUCAAAAUUAUCUUGAAAGACAUGAGCUACAGAUACAAGCACUAAAUAGGGAAAAUGAACUGUUAAGACAACAAUUACGUAAAUAUGUAACAGCAGUACAAAUGUUAAGAAGAGAUUCAGAUGUCACUACUGUAUCUGAAGAGGAUCCAUCAUUGGAUUACAAUAACGAAGCUCAACAGUAUGAAGAGAAAUUAAUACAAGUCGCAGACAUGCAUGCCGAGCUAAUGGAAUUUAAUGCUAGAUUAAUUCUUCAAUUGACUGAUAGAGAUAAAUUAGUUAAAUUAUUACAAGCUGAAUUAGAGUGUCUUCGCGGCCCGUUGAACGAAGAUGACUUGCCAUCAGAACCACCAUGCCUCAUCCAUAUAUGGAUUCCAUCCGCGUUUCUUACUGGCCAAUCUUCCGACAUUUAUCACGUUUACCAGAUAUACGUACGUAUUAGAGACACCGAAUGGAACAUAUAUAGGCGAUACGCACAAUUUUAUGCACUUUAUAGAGAACUGAAGAAACAUGAUACUAUCAUUACUACCUUCGAAUUUCCUCCAAAGAAGACAAUAGGAAAUAAGGAUGCCAAGUUUGUCGAGGAGAGGCGACAAAAAUUACAGCACUGGUUAAGACGAAUUGUUGGGAGACUAGCUCAGUGUUCGCCCGCAUUCGCAUCCAGACCAUGCAGACAAACGCUUAUAUCGCUAAUGCCUUUCUUCGGUGAUAACCCUAAUACUGAGGAUUCUAGGAAAAAUAAUUCUACAAGAAACACAUUUUCUUCUUCCCCUCAAUACAUGGGUUUGUAA